AGUGUUCAUAGAUAAAUAUCCGACUUGCUUUCAGCCGGCUAACGAUUACGUGUAACUGCGUUUUACGAAUCUAUCCGUUUUGCCGGUGCUAAUGGAGUUCAUUUCCAAGUUGCAACAAAUAUAUUCAAUUUAUUUAUUUGUUGCAGUGACAGUUCUGCAAAGUGUGACCUCGGAAAUAAAAUUAAACACCGUAUUGAAGAGGCAUCCUCCCGGGCUAGAGUCGCCAACAAAGGCAUGGUGGGCCAAGGAAAUAACGCCGGACGUCUAUGUGGCCGGUAGACUGUCGGAGAGACAAAUCAAAUAUGCCGCAGAAGCCGGAUUUAAAAGUAUUCUGUCCCUGUUUCCCUAUGCUGAUGACGAGGGGUAUAAUUUCGGAGGCGAACACCUACCCACCACUAAGGAAGCUGAGCGUGUAGCAGAAAUGGCAGGUCUUAAAUACGCUACAGCUCUCGGUCCUUUUGAUGACUGGUCCAACCUGCAGUCUGUCAAGAAAGUAAGCAGUGUAUUAGCCACGUUACCGCUCCCGGUAUUGGCCCACUGUGAUCGAGGCUACACCAUAUCUUUUGGGGUCCUGAUGGAUCUGGUUAACAAAACCAAACUUCAGCCAGACUUUGCAACUAAAGUUGAUGCAAAAGUAUUUUUUGACAUGACAAAAGUCUUGGGCAUGGACUUCAAUAUGGACUGCACAAAAGAGACACUGGCAAAUAUAACUGGUGAAGAGGUCAAAAGUGAAUAUAUUCCAAAGUUAGAAAAUGAACCAGAGGAGUGGUAUGAUUUUUGGCUUGCGGCACCUAUUCAUAAAAACUGGUAUAUUGCUGGUCAGAUUUUACAAAGUCACAUAUCAGAACUUAAACAAGCUGGCUUCAAAUCAGUAGUAAAUCUGCGCAUGCCUAAGGAGACUGUCACAUUGCUCAAUGUAAAAGAGGAGCCUGAAUCUCACGAUCCAGCAUCUCGCCAAACCAUCCAAUCAUUGAAGAAAAAUAUCAUAGAUAAAAAGAAACCAAACACAUACAUUUCUCCUGACUCUCCAUACAAUUUUGCCACCAAAAAUCCAGAAGAAUUUGGAGAUGAAAUUGGCUAUAACCAAAAUUUAGAAAAAGAAGCAUUCCAAAAACAGAAAUUUCCAUACUACCAUAUGCCUCUGGAUCCUAACAUUCCUUUCACAACUACUUGGUUCGAGACCUACAAAGAUCAGCUGUUGGAGGCAAGUAGCAAGGGACCCGUCUUAGUACACUGCAGGGACUCAUCAAGAGCAGGGUAUGUGUCUGUCCUGAUUGCUGCUGUCCAAUACAAUAAAGACUUGACCUGGGCCCUACAGAGAUUGGCUGAACUAGGACUAGAGGUUGGUCCUAAAUACAGGAAAGAUGUCCUAAAGACCUACAAGGCAAUCCUAGACAAAGAGAACAUCAACAGGACGGGCCGGGAGGAGCUGUAGACACAAAGGAGACUCCAUCAGCAAGGCCACCCUUUAAAAAUUGUUUGUUUGUGUUCACCUGACUGACUGAUAAAAAUUAAGAUACCGUAGAUGGCUUAUUUUUUACACUUAGUCUAGUUAGUACAUAAUACUGCGAUUCCACCGUUUUGUAUAAAAUCAUGAGAAUAUAAUGUUACGAGCAUCAAUCAUUUAUUAAAUGCAUUUUUAGCUGA